GGAGCUCUGUAUUCUGAACUGUGUACAUCAUCAAAACAUAUACGGAUUCAAAGCAUUUGAACAUCUGAUGCAUUGUAAGACAACUUUCAGUUUAUUUGAAUGAAGUUUCUCAUUAAAUCAAGAUGGCUUUUAUAAACAGUAAUUCAUUCCUCUUCUGUGAUAAAACAGAAACGGAUGUUUGUAGUACAUGUGAUUCUGGAUUUGACAUGGAAAGAGAACAGUUCAUGGCUGAGGAUGAGGAAAAUAUUUCGGACAAGCUAAAAGAAAAAACAGAUAUAUGUGAAGAUUUGGAAGAAAAAUGUGAUUCUGGAUUCAUUGAGAGUUUCAGUGCAAAAUGCACAACCGAUUCUGAAACAUUUACAAAACAAAAUACCAUUUCCAGGCAUUGUUUAGGAACAACCGAUCUUUGGAAUUUCAGGAAUACUGACCAAGACACAUAUCUGAACAUCUGUAUCAUCCAUAGUGCAGAAUCCUUGGCACUUUUAAUCAUCAGCCAGUCAAACCCAGACUUCCUAAACCUGCGUAACAACUUGUUUGAGACUCCAUUACAUUUGGCUGUAUACCUACAACAAAAAAACAUUGUACGUGCCCUGGUGCUGAAAGGAACUGACACUAACGCACAGGAUAGGAAUGGAAACACUGCCUGCCAUCUUGCUUGUCAUUAUGGAUACAUGGACUGCUUACAAGCUCUUACAUGUCCUCCCACUGAAGAAGAAAAGAAACUGUUUAGCACUGACAACUCCAUUACACUACACUCUCAAAAGAUGGACAUACACAACUGGCAAGGUGUGACCUGUUUCCACGUGGCUGCCAUUCAGAAACAUUUUGAUGUGAUGGACUACUUAUUAACAGUAGACACAAACAUCAACAUUCAAAAAUUGAAUAAAUGGUACAGAAAUGUUGUCAAUGAUUAUAUUUUUGUGACACUUGAUGUGGAAUCAUUAUUUACAGUUAUACUCAUUGAUUAUGGUGUGGAAGCACUCCCAAAUUAUAGUAAAGAUGUAAAUCCAGAUGAUGUAGCAGAAAAAGAUGCAAACCCAAAUGACGUAGCAAAAAUUUUGGCAGAUUUAAAGCUAGGUCAACAAGGAAAAAAGAUCAAGCAGGGGGCUUGA